UUAUUAUAUCAAUAAAUUCUUAAACACAUCCGAAAUUACUAAAACAAUAAUUUCGCGACGCGUGGCCGAGCAUUAUGAAACGGAAAGAAACUGGGUCAAAACCAACUCAAAUCUUUCACAAUGGCGGAGAAUUUUGAAAGGGCUGCCAAUGCUCGCAAGAAGAAACUCCCUUCCAUGGAUUGUCUUAUUAGGCAAGGUAAUGAUAUUUUAGAAAAGCGAAAAAAGAGAAGAAAGCCUAUUCAUUAUGAGUAUAGCACGGAUCCAAAAACUGGCCAACGGAGUUGCAAAAAUACUUACAAUCCAAAGUAUUAUAAUCGCGAUGAUACCGCCUCUAGUUCAAGAUCAAAAAACUUAGAGGAACACAGCGAUAAUAUUUUCCAAGAACAAGAACCACCAGAAGUAAGUUUAUUGGAUCGUGAAUCAGAUAUGGAUGUAACGACAAACGCUGUAGAGGAUGUGACAAUGAAUGAUAUCCUUGAAGAAGCAAAAGGAUUAUUAUGUAACUGGAAAUGUGGUGGUCAGCAAAAGAAACGAACCUGGCAUGAAAGACAAAAUUCCCUUUAUGAAAGCUGGGAGGAAGUCAGAAGUAGUUUAAUCGAAGUUUUGCUGCAAACUAAAUUUUCCAUUGGCAUUUUUGAUGAAUUGUUAUGCGAAAGCUGUAAAGAUGCCAUGGCAGUUAUUGGAUGUCAAGACUGCAUUUCACAUAGAUAUGUCUGUGGGGAUUGUGAUGAGGAGAACCAUAAGAACCAUCCAUUUCAUGAUCGAGAUGCAAUUUUGAAUGGUUUUCAUGAACCUAUUCCUCCAACAGCCUCAAUUAACAGCAAACUGGAAUGGAUUACUGUUGAACGGUCCCUUCCAUUUGGUGAUGUUAUUUGUCCCACAUGCCUAUUUCCUUGCAAUAUUUUAUAUGAUGAGAAGGGUAUGGGUUGCAUUGCUGUAACAUUGAAAGGUAGAUUCGACAUUAGUCACACAAAAUAUGAAUGUAAACAAUGUGACAAUGUUAUUUCAUCAACAAGUCCCCAUGUUUUAAUACAGCUGGGGUUUUGGCCUGGAACUAUUCGUGACAUGACAUAUGUAUUUCACCAAGAUCUCUUUCAUUUCUGGGAUAAUUUACAGAAGAUUGUUCCUGGAAUUUCUCAAAAUAGUUUUGUGAAAUCACUAGAAAUGUUUUCGAUACAAAAAGGGCGGAUGGGAACAAUUAACAGCAAAACAUUUGGUAGCUCUUUUCGUGAAUGGAAAUAUUGCCAAUAUGAAUUGAACAAACUACGGCAUAUUAACUGGAUGGAGUGCCCUGCAUGUGAACAGCAGCAACACUCCGUUCACAUGGAUGGUAACAUGAAACUUUAUCGGUACAAAUCUGCUGGGAUGAAAAGAGAUUGCUACUAUGGAGAUGCUUUUAUUGCUUCAAAUGAAAAAGUUCAACAUCAUCUCUGUAAAAUUUACAAAAAAGGAAAGGAAAAGGUCACAGAUGAUUCUAAGUGUGGCGAUUCUAUUUGGCAUGCUGCUGGAAAUACUUUGAAGAAAAAGAAAAUUGUUGAUGAAACUGGGCUAGAAAUUGCUGGCUGUCGUCACAGUGUUGCCCAGCAUGCAGUUAGCAUGAAGCACGGAGAAGUGUAUGGCUAUGCACAUUAUAUGCAAAAGGAAUAUUACCUUCGUCGUACAACACAAUUCUUCUGGUAUGAUGUCAUCUGCAAGUAUUGGCCUUGGCUGUGUAAAAAUGAUGUAACCACAUCUCAAAAGAUGAAACCUGCUCUUUCCGUAAUGCAUGCCAAAGCACAUGCUUGGUAUUGCCAGGUUAUUUGGGGAGGGCGAUGGCAAGAUGGCGCUUCUGCAACAACAGGAGAGGAAGUAGAACAGAUUAACAGUCAUUUCUCGCGGUUAGGGUGCACUACCAAGCAUAUGUUACCUGAAGGACGAGAGGAAUUGCUGACUGAACAUGCACUGGAGUGGAAUAAAAGAAAAAUAACCAAACUGUCAAGUAUUCUUGCGAAAAGAUAUACAAAAGCUAAAGAUAAAACCGCCAUCAUGCAGAAAGAAUUAGAAAGCAUGUCAGAGAAACUUGAGUGUGAUCCAACAACAUUACAGAAAUGGAAAGAAGAUAUAUUUGACGCUGCUAAACUGGAUGAAAAAUCGAGAAAUAAAAGAUAUUCCAUAACUCCGGAGGAAAUGAAAUACAUAUGUCAUUUGCUCACAUUAGAUGUGUUAACGCCAAAAGAGAAGGCCUUGUUUGACGUUGCUGAAAAGAUUUAUAAGGAAAAAUCUAAACAGUUUCAGCCCAAGAUCUGUCGCAAUUAUUCCUUUGGUGAAGGUGUUUUAAAAAUAAAUCUUUGGAAUAUUUGA